AUGCCUCCUCGGUCAACCAGUGGCUCGGAUGGCCACUCCAAUCCUGGCUAUGUUGAAUCUGCCGACGCACGCUACGUAACACAGCCGCCCUACAGCUUCGCAAAUCUGCAGACUCAGCCAUACCAGUAUCCAAUCCACCGUUACAUGGGGAAUGUUGAAGAUGGCCGUAUCCAGGCUGUUAGUGCCUCGGGCUCCUCGUUUCCUGCCAGGGCGGAUUCCGUGCCGCGUGUCUUCGAAAGAGGAGGUUCGGAAACGGCAUCCGUGACGGCCACCGUCGGUAGCAGUCGUACAUCGACUUGGGGCAGCGUGGCAUCGUCGUCAGACGCCCCUCCACUGUCGACAAGUUCGACUGCGCCGUCUACUAUCUCCGAGGAUGAUUCUGAGUCGAGCCCAACCCACCGGUAUCACCUGCCAGAUGAAGAUAGCGGUGACGAGGUAGAAGAGACUGUCCUGCAGUGUCCGUACGGUGUUCUAGGAUGUCGGAAAACAACUACAGAUUACGGUGCGUUCGAAAUGCACUGCAAGUCUCACUUCCGCGGAAAUCUGCCAAAGUGGGCCGACUGUCCCUUCGCAAGCUGCGAAUGGUCCACCACAGAGAGGUCCGGCGACCUAGCUUGGAACGCACGAGCCAGACAUAUCAUGAGCCACAGGACCCAACGUGAGACGGCGGUCCGUCCAGUCGUGUCGAGACAUGAGCACAUCCUUCAUCUCUGGCGACUGGGACUUGUCAGUAACGGUGAACAACAACACCUCAGACGAGGAGUAGCCCUGGAGUCCGCGCCAGCUCUCAUGCAGGCCGCUGGAGCGGAGCGCACUCCUGAGCGUGAACGGCUUAGAGCAGCGCGGCGAGCUGCUGUGGCUAGAGAUCCUCGUGGUCGACAGGACCGAGACGGGUAUUGA